ACCAAAACCUCAAGUUGAAGAAAAUCUCCCAUUUGCCACACAUCAAGUCCUUAAUUAUUAUUGGUUUCUGUUAUAUAUAGGAAAUGCUAAAUCAAUGAAUGCCUCAAAUCACUAUUCAAAAUUUAUAUGUAAACAACACCCUUCCCUCUAAACCUUUUCUUUUUAUAUUGAAACAGAGCAAAUUUAUUCAUUCAACAACAAAACAAAAAACAGAGCAACUAUGUCUUCCUCUUCUUGUACCAAAUCAAUUCUUCCUUCACCUAUCUUCUCUUCUUCAUCAUCAACAUCUUCUGAAACCAAAUCUUCAAAAUCCUCUAACCUCUCAUUCCUCAACUCCAACACUUUUGGAAUCAUACCCAACAACAUUAAACUCUCUCAUGCUAACUCUCAACAACGUUGUUUUAUGGUCAACAGUGUUUUAAAAACUGUUGACCAAACAAAACAAACCAACAACGUUGUUUCUGUUAACGAUGAAAAUGAAAAACCAACGAUCUUGGUCUCCGAGAAACUAGGAGAAGCAGGGCUACAAGUGUUAAGACAAUUAGGAAAUGUGGAAUGUGCAUAUGAUCUUUCACCAGAAGACCUAUGCAAGAAGAUCUCAAGCUGUGAUGCUUUGAUUGUGAGAAGCGGUACGAAAGUUACAAGGAAAGUGUUUGAAGCAGGGAAAGGAAAGUUGAAAGUUGUUGGUAGAGCUGGUGUUGGGAUUGAUAAUGUGGAUCUACAAGCUGCUACUGAAUUUGGUUGUCUUGUUGUGAAUGCUCCUACUGCUAAUACUAUUGCUGCUGCUGAACAUGGGAUUGCUCUUCUUGCUGCUAUGGCUCGUAACGUUUCUCAAGCUGAUGCUUCCCUUAAAGCUGGAAAAUGGCUGAGAAGCAAGUAUGUUGGAGUAUCUAUGGUUGGGAAAACAUUAGCAAUAAUGGGGUUUGGAAAAGUUGGAUCUGAAGUUGCAAGGCGUGCAAAAGGAUUAGGAAUGAAUGUGAUUGCUCAUGACCCUUAUGCUCCAGCUGAUAGAGCACGUGCUGUUGGUGUGGAAUUAGUUUCAUUUGAUCAAGCAAUCACAACCGCUGAUUUCAUCUCACUUCACAUGCCUCUCACUCCAACUACUAACAAAGUCUUCAAUGACAACACUUUUGCUAAGAUGAAGAAUGGUGUGAGAAUCAUCAAUGUUGCUAGAGGUGGUGUUAUUGAUGAAGAUGCUUUAGUCAAAGCUCUUGAUAGUGGAAUUGUUGCUCAGGCAGCUCUUGAUGUGUUCACUGAGGAGCCUCCAGCCAAAGACAGUAAGUUAGUGCAACAUGAGAAUGUGAUUGCUACUCCUCAUCUUGGAGCCAGCACCAAAGAAGCACAGGAGGGUGUGGCUAUUGAAAUAGCAGAGGCUGUUGUUGGUGCAUUGAAUGGUGAACUUUCAGCAACUGCUGUCAAUGCUCCUAUGGUUGCUCCUGAGGUAUUAUCAGAACUGGCUCCAUAUGUUGUGCUAGCUGAGAAGCUAGGAAGGUUAGCUGUGCAGUUGGUAUCCGGAGGAAGUGGAAUCCAGUCUGUAAAAGUGGUUUACCGAUCAGCCAGGGGUCCCGAUGACCUUGACACUAGACUUCUUCGAGCCAUGAUCACAAAAGGCAUCAUUGAACCAAUAUCAAACACAAUUGUCAACCUUGUAAAUGCUGAUUACAUUGCGAAGCAAAAAGGCCUUCGCAUAAGCGAGGAAAGAGUAGUGGUCGAUUCGUCUCCUGAACUACCUGUUGAGUCAAUCCAGAUACAGAUAUCCAAUGUGGAGUCCAAAUUCGCGAGUGCUGUAUCAGAGACUGGUCAGAUAAGCAUUGAUGGAAAAGUGAAGUACGGUACACCACACCUUACAUGUGUGGGAUCUUUUGCUGUGGAUGUGAGCUUAGAAGGGAAUCUGAUUUUGUGCAGACAGAUUGAUCAACCUGGGAUGAUUGGUACUGUCGGAAACAUAUUAGGCGAGAAAAAUGUGAAUGUGAGCUUUAUGAGUGUUGGAAGAACAUCGCGUAGGAAGAAAGCGCUUAUGGCUAUUGGCGUCGAUGAAGAGCCAAAUAAGGAAGCUCUUGAGAAUAUUGGAGCUGUGCCUGCUAUUGAGGAGUUUGUGUUUCUCAAGCUUUAAAUAGAUGAUUCAUAAAUAUAUGAAUUUCAUCUUGUGAUUGUUAGAAAGUAAUACUAUAUAUAUAUAUAGGUAUUGAUUGGAGAAAUGAAGUUAAUGAGUCUCUGAUUUUAGUAGAAAGCUUGAGAAAUUUGUUAUGAAGUAAUGGAUGAUAGAGUAUAAAUAAAACUAGCUGAAAACAAAAGCAGCUAGUAGUGUGUGACCUGUACUAAGUUUUGUAUCAUGGUUUUUCUAGCUUUAAAUAUGUACAAACUAUUUGAUGUUUGUCUUUUGUAAUUGAUGUUUUUGUUUGUGACUUUUGUUCAAAGUUGCAAAACUAAUGCAAUUAUUUGAAAGGGAAAAGGUAGGUAAGAAUCAUAAUGUGAUGUACCAACCAAGUGGAACUAGCUCUUAUAAUUUCACAAGCUAGAAGCAAUCCAUUUGUAUUCAUCCUUUGAUGGUUUAUUUACCUAUAAUCUAUUAUGGUUAAUGAAUUUGUCAAA